AUGGACUUGAACAAAUUGAGGAAACGGGAUUUAGUGCUGUUGUGCCAGGAGCUGGGGAUUGAGGUGGCGACUAUACAUAGAAAGCCACUUUUAAUACAGGUGGUUAAGGAUUCUGGCGCGGAUGCGGAGGAGCUCGCCGAGUGCUGGGAGCUAAUUCAGGAGAGGAUGAAAAGGGCACAAGAAGUCGAAGAGCGAGAGCACCUUAUGUUUAAAAGAGAAACCGUCAGGCGCAAAGAAGAAGCGGAAAGCCAAGAAAGGAAUCUUGAGCGCUUGCGGCUUCAGCUUAAGAUUGCAGAGAUUCAGGCAGGCGCACGAGUGAGCAUGAGGGACCUCUUGCAGCUUUACAAAGAGAGCGAGGAGGAAGGUCCCAUUCUGGAAACGGACAAUGUGAGAAGCCCAUCGCCUGAGAACGAUGAGGGCGCAUCACAAGUGUCAGAUGAAGAGGGUGGGCUGGAAAUUGUCGAGGAUGGAAACUCAAGUGAUGGUGAACAGGGUGAAGAUGAAAGUAAUGGAGCCAAAGAAAAUGAUGAUGGUGGUGAUAAAGCAGGAGAUGGCGAUGAGGCGGAGGAGGGUGGGGUAGAGGAAGAGGGGGAGGAAGAAAAACCAGAAGUGCAGCCUCAAGCUGAAGAGGAAGAAAGCUUACAGAUGAACCUUCAAGAGGAAGAAACAGGUUCAGUGCCUGUAGAAGACACUCCAGCAUCCCCUACCGAAGAGGACUCUUCAUUCAUGCAUGAUGCGCCUGCGUCUCCCCCUGCUGAAGAAAGUCCAUCAUCUCCACUAGAAGCGACGCCAUCUCCUGCUACCCCUGUUGAUGUGCCGGCAUCACCAAUGGAAGAUGUGGUCCCUGAGGCAUCACCUAUUGAGAGUGGAGAGGACUCCUCGGCACCUGUCUCUCCUGAAGAAGUUCCAGCAGAUGAGCAAUCAGCAGAGGUUUCAGGAUAA